AUGGAACACCAAGAACACCUACCAGAGGUAAAUCUCACUUCCUUGAUGGAAUUUUUUCUUUUAGGAUUCUCUGAUAUUCCUCAUCUUCAAAUGUUUCUUUUUGGGAUAUUUUUGUUUGCUUAUAUGAUAAUCUUGAUGGGCAAUGGAAUGAUCAUUCUCAUAACAAGAGUUGACAAGGCUCUUCAGACUCCCAUGUAUUUUUUCCUGGCAAAUUUUUCCUUCUUGGAAAUUUGUUAUGUGUCAAUCACUAUUCCCAAAAUGCUCAUGAACCUUUGGACUCAGAAAAGAAACGUAUCUUUGUUUGAAUGUGCUACACAAAUGUGUUUUUUCCUUAUACUGGGAGGUGCGGAGUGUUUGCUCCUGGCAGUAAUGGCCUAUGAUCGCUAUGUGGCCAUUUGUAACCCUCUGCACUACCCUCUAGUCAUGAAUCACAGGGUGUGUAUCCAGUUGGUGGCUGGCUCCUGGAUCACUGGAAUCCCAAUUCAGAUAGGGCAAACAUAUGAGACUUUCUCUCUGCCUUUUUGUGGAUCUAACCAAAUCAACCUCUUCUUCUGUGACAUGCCCCAAGUAUUCAAGCUGGCCUGUGGGGACACCUUUGUGAAUGAGAUGUCGGCCUACAUAGUUGUUGUGUUGUUUGUCACUGUUCCAUUUCUGUUGAUACUUUGCUCCUACAGUAAAAUCAUCUCCACCAUCCUGAAGUUGCCAUCAGCCACAAGUCGAGCCAGAGCCUUCUCCACCUGCUCAUCUCAUCUUAUGGUUGUGACUUUAUUUUUUGGGUCAGGAAUCACUACAUAUUUUCAACCCAAAUCCAAACACUCUUCUGAAAGAGACAGAUUUCUCUCUCUUUUCUAUACCAUUGUUGUUCCAAUGUUUAACCCCGUGAUAUACACUCUGAGAAAUAAGGACGUUAUGGUGGCAUUGAGAAAAUUGCUACCUUAA